AUGGAGCUCUCGAUCUCGCAAUCACCGCGUCUUCGUUUCUCGCCUCGUUUUUUAGCUGCUUCUCAUCAUCAUCAUUCGUCGCAUUUAGCUGGGAAGUUUAUAAGUCGCUCUACAGAUGUUGCCUUCACGAGCUUAUCAACUUCGAGAAUGCGGUCCAAAUUUGUUUCAACUAACUAUAGAAAAAUCUCGAUCCGGGCAUGUUCUCAGGUUGGUGCAGCUGGAUCGGAUCCAGUUCUGGAUAAAAUUGCGCGUUUCCAAAAUGCUUGCUGGAGAUUUCUCAGGCCCCAUACGAUCCGUGGAACAGCUUUAGGAUCCACUGCCUUGGUGGCAAGAGCAUUGAUAGAGAACACUCAUCUCAUAAAAUGGAGCCUCGUACUCAAGGCACUCUCAGGUCUUCUUGCUCUUAUAUGUGGAAAUGGUUAUAUUGUUGGCAUCAAUCAGAUCUACGACAUUGGAAUUGACAAUUGCAGGGCUGUUGUUGUCGGAUUCAACUUUGGUCCAUUCAUUACAAGCCUAUACUCUCUUGGCCUUUUCCUGGGAACCAUCUAUUCUGUUCCACCAUUUAGAAUGAAAAGAUUUCCAGUUGCAGCAUUUCUUAUUAUUGCCACGGUACGAGGUUUCCUUCUUAAUUUUGGUGUGUACCAUGCUACAAGAGCUGCUCUUGGACUUCCGUUUCAGUGGAGUGCACCUGUGGCUUUCAUCACGUCUUUUGUGACAUUGUUUGCACUGGUCAUUGCUAUUACAAAAGAUCUUCCUGAUGUUGAAGGAGAUCGCAAGUUCCAAAUAUCAACACUAGCAACAAAGCUUGGAGUGAGGAACAUUGCAUUCCUCGGUUCUGGACUUCUGCUGGUGAACUAUAUCUCUGCCAUAUCACUAGCUUUCUACAUGCCUCAGGUUUUUAGAGGUAGCUUGAUGAUUCCUGCACAUAUGAUCUUGGCUUCAUCUUGA